GCAUACUCUUACUUUUUACUGAAAAAAGUAGCAAAGUAGCCUGGGGUUCUUUGAGAGAAUGCAUCUUACGAUCUAAGCUCCCAGUUAUCUUACUUUCCAAUACUCCAUAUAUAUCAGGAAUCGAACUUCUUGGAGAAAGACAAAGAUGGCGGAAGAUUUGGUAUUGGACACUGCAAUUAGAGAUUGGGUGCUUAUACCCUUAUCGGUAGUUAUGGUGCUCAUCGGAGUCCUCAGAUACUUCGUAUCGAAGCUCAUGCAGUCAUCCUCUUCCCAGUCACCUGAUGCUAAAAUCGUCAAAGAAGGGCAGGCGAUAAUUAGGGCUAGGAAUUUGAGGGCAAAUGCCAAUUUUCUUCCUGCCAAGUCUUUUAGAGCGAGGCGAUUUUAUUAUAGCAAUGAGGAAAAUGGGUUACUUGUUCCUAAAGGACAAGCUCAGAAUCCACAGGCACAAAUGCUUUCUGAUCCUAACAUGGCUAUGGAUAUGAUGAAGAAAAAUCUGUCAAUGAUUAUACCUCAGACCCUUACUUUCGCGUGGGUGAACUUCUUCUUCUCAGGGUUUGUAGCAGCAAAAAUACCAUUUCCAUUAACUCAAAGGUUCAGGUCAAUGUUACAAAAUGGGAUUGAUUUGAGUACAGUUGACGUAAGCUAUGUUAGCAGUCGAUCAUGGUACUUCCUCAACCUUUUUGGGCUGAGAGGCCUAUUUAGUCUCAUUCUGGGAGAGGAAAAUGCUACAGAUGAUACCCAACGCAUGAUGCAAAUGAGUGGAUUUGGUUUUGACCCGUCAAAAAGUUUGGGUGCAGAAAAGGACAAUUUAGACAUAUUGCAGCAUGAAUGGGCACUGCCUAAAUUCGAGCAACGCGCGGAAACUGUUUUGAGGUCACUGCUCAACUGAUUUUUCAUGCAUACAUUGAGUUUGUACGCUUAUGCUUCAUCCGUAGGAGUCGUUUGGAUUGGCUCCCUCCCCCCCUUGAAUCUACCUCGGCUGCUCACAAUGGUUGAGAUCUAUGGAUGGAAAAUUAACAGCGGCUUCACGGAAUGGGCAUCUGAUGCUUCCUUAGUUUCUUGAAGUAGUGAAUUUGAUCAUUGUAGUGGAAUCAAAUUCUUUUUUUUGUUCGUCUUAAGAUCUGAUAUGCUGCUGCAUUUAUUUAGGUACAUUUUUUGUAUUUUGGUAUGAAUCAAUACAGUGCAUCUCCACUUGCAUGCGAGGUUAACAGGCCAUUUGAUAGGGAUAAGCGUUACUGAAAUGACUGGUUAGAUUGUGAAGGCAUGAUCAACAUGUUAUGUUCCUUUAUAUUCCCCGAUCUUUGUUUUAUUACUCCUUCUGUC